AUGGGGAAGGCUGGAGUGAGGCAAGGGGGAAGCUCAUAUGGGCGUUACAAGGCCUUGGUGAAGGUAACAUGGGAGAUGGCAUUUGAAUGGUUUUUUCCUAAUAAAGGUCAAUGAAUACAAUUAAUCUUAAUAACAGAUUGCUGUGUUUAUAAAUCUGAUUAUUUUUGCUAUUUUAAGGAAGAGCCGAGACUGGAUGUUCUGAUCAAUAAUGCGGGGAUAUUCCAAUGUCCAUACAUGAAGACAGAGGAUGGUUUCGAGAUGCAGUUUGGUGUCAACCACUUGGGUCAUUUCUUGCUUACUAACCUCCUCCUUGGCCUCCUCAAAAGUUCUGCCCCAAGCAGGAUUGUGGUAGUUUCUUCCAAACUUUACAAAUAUGGAGAGAUCAACUUUGAAGACUUGAACAGUGAGAUAAGUUACAAUAAAAGUUUUGGCUACAGUCGCAGUAAACUGGCUAACAUACUAUUCACCAGGGAGCUAGCCCGCCGAUUGGAAGGCACAGGAGUCACUGUCAACGUGCUUCAUCCCGGUAUAGUCCGAACCAAUCUAGGCAGAUACAUGAAUAUUCCUUUGCUGGCAAAACCCCUCUUCAAUUUGGUGUCAUGGGCUUUCUUCAAAACCCCAUUGGAAGGAGCCCAGACUUCUAUUUAUUUGGCCUCCUCUGCAGAAGUAGAGGGUGUGUCAGGCAAGUAUUUUGGGGAUUGCAAAGAGGAGGAACUGCUGCCUAAAGCCAUGGAUGAUUUAGUUGCAAGAAAACUUUGGGAUAUCAGUGAAGUGAUGGUUGGAUUAUUAAAAUAAAUGCUAGGAAAAAAGACCUACUGAAAGGAAUGAAGAUAACUAAUAUUUUGCUACCCUGAAGCUUUCUGCAAUGGUAUUUUCCCCUUGAAUGGUGUGAAACACAAAUUAUUUUGCUCGUAGAUUUCAAAGCUACUAGGAGUAAUUCGUACAGCUCUUUUAAAGUAGAGAAUAUUCUGUAUUUUAAAUCUGUAUUUUGAAAAAAAAAAAAAAACAGAACUAGAGUCUAACAGCCUGGGUGUUUGAAUAUAUUUCAGCAUUAAAUCUCUUCAGAAAGCUACUUGUUCUACAAAUAAAAAGUUAUUUGCUAUGUAA